CACAAAGACUAAGAUUAUUAAAAUUGAAGAGCAUCAUAACCGAAAGUACUCGAUUGCUCCCAUCUUUUUAGAAUUCCACUAGUUUAUUUACUCCGCAAUUGUAUCUUCCUGUUUUUUUCAAUUGCGUUAUGACGGUGAAGAUAAAAGAGAAGAAUUGAGUUGGGAGGGACCACUUUGGUUUUGAAAAAACCUGCAUUCGUCAACUUUGACAGGCUGUAAUGAAACGUUCUUAUUGACCAACUGUAGCAAACUGGAGACCCUGACUCUCUGCAUAUUGAGCCAACCCUGUCUUCCACGUUUAAUGACCCACCGAGAUCUCCGUUUGUUAGUUCUGGCUUCUAAACAUUUUCCAUCUCUAGCUGCCACUGCUUUUGCUGCUAUACUUUUCAAUUUUUGUUCCUUGAAGAGAAGAUCAAGUGAGAUCAAAUGGAGGGGAGGGCAAAAAAAGACGCAUCUGUGAAAAUGAUGCAACAGCAGGAGGCGCUUCUUCUACUCACACUUCAACAGAAGGUCAAGGAAUGGCUACUUCAUCAGGAUAUGACUAUGAAGUAUUCUUAAGCUUCAAUGGAUCAGAUACUCGAGCAGGUUUUACCGACUUCCUUUACAUUAGUCUUAAAGAUGCGGGAAUCCGCACGUUUAAGGACGACGAAGAGCUCGGCGUUGGGGAAGAGUUUGCCCCGGAACUUCUCCAAGCAAUUAAUCAGUCGAAGAUCUCAAUACCUAUCUUUUCGAAAGGCUAUGCCUCUAGCGUAUGGUGUCUCAAGGAGUUAGUCCAGAUGGUCGAGUGCCAGAAAACUGGAAGACAGAAGAUCAUCCCUAUUUUUUAUGAUGUGGCACCUUCAGAGGUUCGGCACCAAACAGAGGGUUAUGCACAGGCCUUUCUUGCACAUGAAAACAAGAAGCGACACGACGAAAAGACUAUUCAAGGGUGGAAGGAUGCUCUCAGUGCAGUGGGAGCAAUAAACGGAUGGGACCUGCAUAGCAAGAAGGAGAACAGGCGAGAAGGAGAGUUCGCAAAAGAACUUACCCAUAAGGUUUUCAGCGAGUUGAAAAAGGGUUAUCUAGCGGUAUCAGACUACUUGGUCCGUGUCGACAACCAUGUGGACGCAAUCAUGGAAAAGAUAGGUGCUGAGACAAGUGAAACACGGAUUAUAGGAAUCCACGGGAUGGGUGGCAUCGGAAAGACGACUAUUGCCAAAAUCAUCUACAAUAAGCUUAAAAAAAAUUUCGAGGGCUUUACCCAAAAAACCCAAAAAAAAAAAAAAAAAAUUUCGAUGGUUGUUGCUUCCUUUCUAACGUCCGUGAAACCUCAAAACUCGAGGGCAUUCACCGCUUGCAGCAUCAGCUCAUCUCUGACAUCCUCAACACGAAAUGCAUGGAUAUAA